AUGGAAUGUAAACAGCAGACAUUAACGGCUGUUUCUAUUGUCCGACGAGCAACACUUGCCUGUCUUCUUUAUUCUAUUGUGAUGACUUUACUUAUCGUUGAUGGCACAUCAGCGAACACCGAAGCCGAAAUCAUCUCCACCCAAAAUGAAAUUAUCACUUAUGUGAAUCAUACCGCAAAAUUAUCCUGCAUAAUUCAAAACAAAAAUCGUCAACACGUCACAUGGUCACGCGUGACAUUCAUGAAUGAAACCCAAAAAUUAACCAAUCUUCUAUUCGUUGAUCUCUUGAAAUAUACUCCGUUCAGUCGAUACCAUCUGACUCAUAUGAUCGAAAGAGAUAAUCGGGAAUAUUGGAAUCUGGAAAUUCGAAAUGUUCAUACGUCGGAUGAAGGUUAUUACAGUUGUGUGUUAACAGCAAUUAAACCAAUAUCAAAAAUCUUUCAUGUCAAGGUUCUUGAGAAUACACGCAAUCCGUUGUUUGCUCUACGUUCAUCAUUAGAUACAACUAAUAUGCAACGACGAUCCAAAGAAAGUCACUCGUCUUCUGCUUUAUCAAUCCUCCCCUCGUCGUCGAUAUUCACAAUCAUUUUAGCAAAUACAAUCUUAAAAUUUCUUUAA